GAGCAGACAUUGGACGGACAUUCCCAAGGCCAAGCUUCUCAGCAUUGCUCAACCCCUCAACGGCUCAUCCGCAGCAGCAGCAGCCCACAAUCACCAAGGGGGCCUUGCCUUGGGGAUUGUCAGAAUUCAGGAGGCACUCUCGUCUCGUUCUCACCGACCUUGGGGGAUUCUCCCAAGACUCGACCUCAGCAGUUGGUCUCGUCCUUCCGUCAUUCAAUAAGCGAAACGAAGCCAGCCACGCCUCUUCGCCUGCGAAACCUCUUCGCUUCUUCCGCGUCUUUCUCUUCAGGAUCGCAUUCAUUCGUGUCCCCUAGGAAGCAACGCGUGGUUCGAGCCAGGUCCAACGCUUCGUUGGACGUAACUAGUAGCAUCCUCGGCUGACCAGCCAGUAGCUGAUGGUUUGAGAUUAAUCCAGUCAGGCGUUUUAAGAGCAGAUUAUCGCUGAUCCGUGGUUCAGGGUGAGCCACGAUGGCACGGCGACAGUUGACGAGAUUACCUAGCAGUGGGACUCGGGAGUUUCAGGCGUUUGAAAUGGUUCCGCCUACGCUGUCCGAGAUUGAGCCUUACCUCAGGGCUGCUAACGAGAUCGAAUCUCAACGACCACGAGUCGCUUACCUAUGUCGGUUCUCGGCUUUCGAGAAGGCCCAUCGCCUCGAUCCAACGUGCAAGGGCCGUGGAGUGCGGCAGUUCAAGACAGCGCUUCUCGAGCGGCUGGAGCGGGACAACCCGUUGACCCUGGAGAAGCGGCAACGCAGCAGCGAUGCUCGGGAGAUCGCGUCGUUCUACCAGCAGUACUACCAGAACUAUGUCAAGGCCAUGGAUGACGCGGAGAACGUCGACCGGGCGGAGCUCGCUCGCGCGUACCAGACGGCCGGCGUGCUGUUCGAGGUGCUCUGCGCCAUCAACCAGACGGAGAAGUCUGAGCUCGCGCCAGAGGUUAUGGAGGCGGGCCAGCGGGUUGUGGAGCGGAAGGCGGAGUACGUGGCGUUCAACAUCCUGCCGCUGGACCCCUCCAGUGCGAAGCAGCCCAUCAUGCAGCUCCCGGAGGUGGUGGCGGCUAUGGCGGGCGUGACGAACGUGAGCGGGCUUCCCAUCCUGUGGGAGGUGCCGCCGGGGCAGAAGCUGAAGCAGUUUGACUCGCUCGACUGGCUGCGAUUCGUCUUCGCUUUCCAGAAGGACAACGUGCGGAACCAGCGCGAGCACCUGGUGCUGCUGCUGGCGAACGCGCACAUCAGCUUGAAGAACCCCCGGCCUGAACCCCUCGAGGAGCUUGACAACCGAGCGGUGGACAAGGUACUGGAAGGGCUGAUCAAGAACUACCGCAGCUGGUGCCGCUACAUCAAGUGCAAGAGCAACGUCAGCAUGGAUCCCGGGCUGACGCCUAUCCAGCAGCAGCAGAGGAAGGUGUUAUUCACGGCGCUGUUCCUGCUCGUGUGGGGAGAGGCAGCUAACCUUCGUUUCAUGCCGGAAUGCCUCUGCUACAUCUUCCACCACAUGGCAGCAGAGCUGCUGGCUGUGCUGCGGGGCAAGGGCCCCGACGCCAAGGCCCGCCUGCCCGCCUACGGGCGCGAGGCGGAGGGCUUUCUCCGCCACGUCAUCACGCCCGUGUAUGACGUGGUGUCCAAGGAGUCCCAGGCGGCGGUGGCGGGAGCGGCGCACUCGUCGUGGCGGAACUACGACGAUUUGAACGAGUUCUUCUGGUCCAAGAGCUGCUUCGAGCUGGGGUGGCCGUGGAACGCCAGCUCGCCCUUCUUCUCCGGGCCAGCGCCCAACCUGCAUGCGGGGAGCUUCAAGGGCGCUGUGAACUGCUGCCCGCUGCCAGGGAGCGAGCGCAUGGGCAAGGAGGGGUUUGUGGAACACCGCACGUGCCUGCACCUCUUCAGGGACUUUGACCGCAUGUGGGCCUUCUUCAUCUGCUGCCUGCAGGCGAUGAUCAUCAUGGCGUGGAGCCCCCCCUGGUACAGCACGUUCACCAGCAUUGACAAGUUCCGCCAGGUCACCAGCGUCUUCAUCACGCUUGCAGGGAUCUACUUUCUCAAGUCUCUGACGGACGUGUUCCUCAGCUUCGGUCUGUACCGCACCCAACCGUGGACGACCUCUCUGCGCCUGCUGCUGAAGACGCUGUGGUUCGCGGGGUGGUUCGUGGUGCUGGCGAUCUCCUACUCCAUGGCCGUGCAGGACGCGACGGGGAUAGUGUCCACCGUGCAGGGGUGGAUAGGAGUGACGGGGAGUCCGAAUGUGUACUUUGCGGUAUGCGUGCUGUACCUGGUGCCGUACGUGCUGGCGCUGGGGCUGUGGCUCAUGCCGUGCAUCCACCGGUUCCUGGAGAACUCCAACUGGAUCAUCUUCCGGGUUAUCCUCUGGUGGUCACAGCCAGCGGAGUAUGUUGGGCGGGGCAUGCAGGAGUCUCAGAUCACGAUUCUCAACUACACGCUCUUCUGGGUGGUGCUGAUAGCGGCGAAGCUGGUGUUCAGCUUUAAGUUCCAGAUCGAGCCGUUGGUGGCUCCCACGGAGCAGAUCAUGGGCACCACCAACGUGGUGUACUCGUGGCACAAGCUCGUCCCCACAGACCUCAACAUCUUCGCCGUUAUCACGCUCUGGGCGCCCAUUAUCCUGGUGUAUUUUAUGGACACGCAGAUCUGGUACGCGGUCAUGUCAACGCUGCUGGGAGGCAUAACCGGCGCGUUCCAGCGACUGGGAGAGAUCCGCAAUCUCAAGAUGCUGCGUCAGCGGUUCCGGUCGCUGCCCGGAGCGUUCAACGCGAACCUGGUGCCGGCGCAGCGGCUGCAGCGCAGCGCCUUCUCCCUGGCGCGCACGUACCGCGAGCCCGACAAGAACACCAAGGAGGCCGCGCGCUUUGCGCAGCUGUGGAACGAGGUCAUCGUCAGCUUCCGGGAGGAGGACCUCAUCAGUAACAGGGAGAUGGACCUGAUGAUGGUGCCCUACUCCUCUGGGGACCUCUCGAUUGUGCAGUGGCCGCCCUUCCUCCUCGCUAGCAAGGUUCCGCGUGCGGUGGAGAUGGCAGUGAAGGGCGCCAAGGGGCGGGACGGCGACGUGUGGCACCGCAUCUCAGCAGACUCGUAUAUGCGCUUUGCUGUGGAGGAGGCGUUUGCCACGCUGCAGCACAUCCUCACAACCCUGCUUAUUGGCGAGAACGAGAAAUUUGUGGUGAACGGGCUGCUCAAGGAAGUGAAGCGCAACAUCGACAAUGGCACGCUCUUCUCCGUGCUCCGCAUGAAGGCCCUCCCUGCCUUCAUCAAGAGUGUCGUCGAGCUGGUGCAGCUGCUAGCAGAUAUCGCCGAAGCAGAUGGGGUCAAGACUGCCGGCCGCCCCGCCACACCAGGGGCGGCGGCAGCUGGCGGUAGUGCGGGUGGGGGAGGAACAGUGUCUCCGGAUGGGAAGGGGAAGGGGAAGGAGGAGGCGGGGAGCAGCAAGGGGAACGGGGGAGGCAAGGUGGGGGGGAGUCAGGAGGAGAAGGACAGGAAGAGUGCGUUGAUCCGUGGGCUGCAGGAUCUCUUUGAGGUGUUCACCUGUGACCUUAUCUCGCAGACCAUGCGGGAAGCCAUGUCCGCACAUGGGGGCCCGCUCUCUGAAGCCCGCACAGUGCAGCUCUUUGCCGCUGCUGGCGGGGCGAAGAACCAGGGAGCGGGGAAAGUGGGGGUGCUGUAUCCCCCUCCUAGAACCCCGGCGUGGUGUGAGCAGGUGAAGCGGUUUCUCCUGCUGCUGACGUGCAAGGAAGCGGCUAUGGACGUGCCCACGAACCCAGAGGCCCGCAGGAGGAUCUGCUUCUUCACCAACUCGCUGUUUAUGGACAUGCCGCACGCGCCGCGGGUGCGCUUUAUGCCGUCUUUCAGCGUGCUGACGCCGUACUACUCGGAAGAUGUGAUGUACGGCGCGAGGCAGCUGAACGAGGAGAACGAGGACGGCGUGUCUAUCAUAUUCUACCUGCAGAAGAUCUACCCCGAGGAGUGGAGCAAUUUUCUGGAGCGCAUGGGGUGCGAGUCGGAGGAGGAGGUGGUUGCGAGGGAGAACGGAGACAGGGAGCUGAGGGCGUGGGCGUCCAACCGCGGCCAGACUCUCUGGCGUACAGUGCGGGGCAUGAUGUACUACAAGAGGGCCAUGGAGCUCCAGGCGUUCCUCGACAUCUCCACAGACCAAGAGUUCUCGGCUGGUUACCGCGCGCUGAAGCAGGCCGCACGGGCGGGCGACAGCAGCAGCCGCGCCACAUGGAAGCAGAUAGAGGCGGUGACGGACCUCAAGUUCACGUACGUCGUCGCCUGCCAGCUGUACGGGCAGCAGAAACAAGCCGGCGACCAGCGGGCAGCUGACAUCUUCGAGCUCAUGAAAACCCACGACGCCUUGCGAGUGGCGUACAUCGACGAAGUAGAGGUGGAGGAUAAGGGCCGGGUCUUCAAAGAAUACUUCUCUGUUCUGGUCAAGGUCUCGCGCGGAGUGGAGCAGGAGAUCUACCGGGUCCGCCUCCCAGGCCAAGCCAAGCUAGGAGAGGGCAAACCGGAGAACCAGAACGCGGCUAUCAUCUUCACGAGGGGGGAGGCGCUGCAAGCGAUCGAUAUGAACCAGGAUAACUACCUUGAGGAGGCGUUCAAGAUGCGGAAUCUGCUGCAGGAGUUUCAGGGGGGAGAGGGGGUGCUGUCGCGGUGCACGGGCGCGCGACCACCCACGAUUCUAGGCGUGCGGGAGCAUAUUUUCACGGGGUCGGUGUCAUCGCUGGGGUGGUUCAUGUCGUGCCAGGAGAGCAGCUUCGUGACGAUCGGACAGAGGAUUCUCGCCUGGCCGCUCAAGGUCCGUUUCCACUACGGCCAUCCGGACGUGUUUGACCGCCUCUUCCACAUCACGCGUGGCGGCGUGAGCAAGGCAUCCCGAGGCAUCAACCUGAGUGAGGACAUCUACGCUGGCAUCAACAGCACGCUCAGGCGCGGCGCAGUCACCCACCACGAGUACAUCCAAGUGGGCAAGGGGCGCGACGUGGGCCUCAAUCAGAUAUCGCUGUUUGAAGCCAAGGUGGCGAAUGGGAACGGAGAGCAGGCGCUGAGCCGGGAUAUCUACCGGAUCGGCUCGCGGUUCGACUUCAUGCGCUCGCUCUCGGCGUACUUUACCACUGUCGGGUUCUACGUCAGCUCAGUGAUAGUGGUGCUGACAGUAUACGCCUUCCUAUACGGCCGCGUGUACCUGUCUCUCAGCGGCGUGGGCAAGUCCCUCAUGAACAACGCCAACAUCUCUGGCUCUGACUCGCUCCAAUCCGCCCUCUCCUCGCAAGCCCUGGUCCAGCUCGGGCUGCUCAUGGCGCUCCCCAUGCUCAUGGAAAUGGGGCUCGAGAGGGGGUUCCGCACCGCCACAGUGGAUUUUAUCCUCAUGCAGCUGCAGCUGGCUUCGGUGUUCUUUACCUUUUCGUUGGGGACCAAGGCGCAUUACUUUGUGCGGACGAUCAUGCAUGGCGGGGCUAAGUACCGGCCGACGGGGCGUGGAUUCGUGGUGCGGCAUGAGAAGUUUGCGGAGAAUUACCGGUUGUUCGCGCGGUCGCACUUCACUGUUGCACUGGAGUUUCUGCUGAUGCUGAUCGUGAUCGCGAUCUACGGCCAGGAUAACAGCUCGUCCAACGGGCUGAGCUACUUCCUGGUGACCUUUUCUAUGUGGUUCCUCUGCAUCUCGUGGCUGUUUGCACCGUUUGUCUUCAACCCGUCCGCGUUUGAGUGGCAAAAAGUGGUGGAGGACUGGGAGGAUUGGCACAGGUGGAUUGGGGCGUAUGGGGGGAUUGGAGUGAAGGGGGAUCGGAGCUGGGAGUCGUGGUGGGAGGAGGAGCAGGAGCACCUCGUGCACACGGGAUGGGUGGGGCGUCUGGUGGAGGUGCUGCUCGCCCUGCGGUUUCUGAUCUACCAGUAUGGGAUUGUGUACACGCUGCAAGUCAACAACGGCAGCACGAGUCUGCUGAUUUAUGGCAUUUCGUGGCUGGUCGUUCUGGGGCUCUUGAUCGUUUUCAAGGUGGUGUCUAUGAGCAGCAAGCGCUUCGGGGCGGACCUGCAGCUGCUGUUCCGCAUCAUCAAGGCGGGCACGUUCUGCUGCCUGGUGAUCGCCCUCGCACUCAUCAUCGGACUCACUUCCUUCACCUGGGGCGACCUGUUCGCAUGCAUCCUCGCUGCCAUCCCCACUGGCUGGUUCAUGCUCCAGGUUGUGCAGGCCAUCCAGCCCAUCAUCCCGAGCAGCAUGUGGGACUCGGUGAAGGGCCUGGCGCGGCUGUACGAGUACCUGUUUGGGCUCAUUCUCUUCAUCCCCAUCGCCGUGCUCGCGUGGUUCCCCUUCGUCUCCGAGUUCCAAACGCGCCUGCUCUUCAACCAGGCCUUCAGCCGAGGCCUGCAGAUCUCCCGCAUUCUUGCAGGGAAGAAGAAGGCCUGAGCUGAGCUGUCGAGCAUGAAUGCUACUAACAGGCGGCGUUGUUAUAUGUAGGCUGUAGCUCUUUUCUUUUUUAUGGCUUGCUAAUGCUAACUAGGGAGAGAGGCCAGUAUGCAAGCUUGGUUCUUGUACUUGCUAUGUGAUACACCAUUCGGGUAUCAUCCAUGCCAAGCCAUGCAUGCAUUCAAGCAGCAAUUAACCUGCGAUGUGCUGGCCUAACAGGCGUGUGGCCUAGAGCCACUUUUGUGAAUAUAUUUUAUCCAAGGAGCAUGGAUGGAUUUGACAGACUCGACGAGCAGAAGCUGAGCUGUCAUGUUGAUGAAGCCAUACCGUGUUUCAUGUUUUAUGUGCUGUGUUUGAUAUUCAUGAAUGU